AUGCUUGAAAAUAUAUCCAGCUCCCUCUUUAAGGGCGAGCAAGUUUUUUUUUUUCUCUAAGAAGCAAUUUGCUUUAAAAAAAUUAUAUAUAAAAAGGUUUUUUUUAUAUUUGAAAGAAAAAUCUAAAUUAACUUGUAAUCUUUAUAUAUAGCCAAGGAGGAUAACUAGCAUGGGGCUUUUUUGGCUUGCCUGCUAGCCAAAAAAGCUUUGUGCUAGUCAUCCUCCUUAACAAUAUCUAAUAAUCCUAAAUAUGACACUGAGAGAACUGAAUUACUAAUUAAACUAAAGAAACUGAUGGUGAUGAAGAGGAGCUAAAUCUAUUCGAUAUAGUACUAGAUUCAUGAAAAUAUGAAGAAAUUAAAGAGAAGAAGGGAAUGAAGAAAUGCCAGAUUAUUGAAGUGGAUGCUGCAGCAAAAAUGCUCAUAAAACUGUAAUGAAAAAUAAGAAUUUAAGGCGUCUUGGACGCGGUAAUGCAUAAGUUAUUAUUAUAUAUCUAAUAAGACUUAUUGCAAAAAAAUAUUUUAUAUGGAAUCUAAAUUUAUAUUAAAAUAUUUUUGAUCAUUAUAAGGGGGGAGAGUAAAGAUUACUUUCUUGGGGAAGUCCAAAACUUCAAGAUAUCAACAAAAUCAAUUGAAACCAAGCUUGAGGGAACUUUGCUAAACGAAAGUCAUGAGCAGCUGAAAUUUAUAUGUGAUUCAAAUCAAAACGUUGCCAUAGCCUACAACACCUACCUUAGCAGCCGAGAAAGGAUUUAUCAAAAAUUGAAUUUUUUAAACGAGAAACUAGACUUAUCUUCAAAAUACCUUUAUGUGAAUUUUCAAGUAGACAAUAAGGUAUGCCUAUUUUACUAUGAUAUAGACACCCAUCAAUUAAAGCAAGCUUCUCCAGAACCAUAUCGAAGCCUCUGCACAAUCCAGCUCCCAAAUUCUGAGCUCUUCUGCUAUGGAACCUGAGAUCGCACUUCUGGAGCUUGCGCUAUUAUAGACCUUAAUACACUGAGUCUAAAAAGAAUACUUCCUUCUGGCCCUCAAGCCUUAUGAGCAGGAGGUGCCUACUAUAAUAACUCUGUUUAUAUAUUUUCCAGCUCUUAUAGAACUCUAGGAUUGGAUUUUGUAAAUAGGUUCGAUCUCAGGAAAAACCACUGAACCAGAUUGUCUCAGCUGCCAAAAUCAUCUUUUGGGUGCUCUAUUGUAUAAAGGUUUCCUCUAUAUAGCGCUGAAAGCGCAGACAUUUUCCCAGGAGCUUUCCAAGUUCGUCGGACCAAAUCGCUUUUUGGUCCGACCAAGGCAUUGAUUUGGCGCAACCAACCGAUAAAUUCCGAUCAGAAUUUAUCGGCCUUACAGCGCCAAACAUAGGAAACUUCUAUACCUUUUAACGGAAAACUGUUGGUUUGUGGCUUUUCUCUCAAUAAGAUAUAUAAACUUGAUUUGGAUAUUGAGAGCUAUUCAGAGAUACCAGAAGUCCUUGUAAAAGAGUGCAGGAUGAAGCUUCUAAGUGCGGGAUAUUCAAGAGCUUAUUUAUUUGAGGUUGGUGGGAAAAUUGCUGAAAGUGAAUGAGAAGAUGAUUUUAAAUGACAUAAAAUUGGGAUGUUUGCUACAACGGGUGAUUAUCGCUAUGGGUACGCAAAGCAUUGUAAUGGUGCUGUGUAUAAUAUUUUAUACGAUUUGAGGGAUACUUGAUGCUAUAAAUUUGAUCUUAAUAAGCAAAAAUUGGAAGAAAUAGAAAUAAAGAGGCAAUAUACUACCAAUAGAAUAUUUAAAAUUGAUUAA